AGGAGGAGGAGGGUGCGGAGGAGGGUGAGGAGCCGGCAUGGAGCGCAAGGAGGAGCAGUACGCAUACGUGCCGCCGCCGCUGGCGCGCUUCUUCCACGCGCUGCCGCACCUCAACGUCAGCCUGCACCUCGUCAACAACACCUUCGCCCCCGACAGCGAUGUCUACCUCGAGGCGCUGGGCAUCCUGGGCUCGCUGCCGGCGGCGUGGCUCAUCCUGACGCUGCUGGUGCUGCUGGUGUACCUGCUGACGCGCUGCUGCGACCGCAAGCCGCGGCCCCGCCACAGCAUCACCGUGCUCAAGUGGACGCUCGCGCUCUUCACCUUGCUCUGCUGUGGUGCAGUGGGUGUAGCGCUGUAUGGAAAUGAUGAUGUUCACAAUGGGCUACUCCAGUUUGUUGAAGCCACAGCGAAUAUUGAUGAUCUUAUUUCAAGUGUCAAAAACAGGACUGCUGCCAUAGAAAAUCUACUGGAAACAAAAGUGGAGCCAUUGUUGACAGAAUUGUCAGACGUAUUCGAUGGACCUGUGGCUAAUCAGACAGCCAGAGCACUGCUUCUUUCCACCAUGGCUUAUAUAAAUGGAAAUUCAUCAACAGCUCUCGCCAACAUGCAGGAAAUAAGCCGACCACUUCAUGGCAUUAGCCUGUCUCCAGUGGUUUCUAUUGUUCAGGAGGCAGAGACUAUUAGGUGGCCUGUGACAAUGGCAAUUCUUAGUGUACUAUUGGUAUUCUGCAUGGUGCUAUUGUUUGGAGUUGCAAGACACUCCCGUUGUGCGCUUAUAACGUUCUCAGUAUUUGGCCUGUUUGCUGUUAUUAUUUCGUGGAUAAUGGCCUCUAUAUAUCUUGCUUCUUCAGUGGCCCUGGGAGAUUUGUGUGUGGCCCCAGAGGCCUUUCUGGAGAGAGAAGCCCCCGGCGCUACACAGGCAGAAAUUCUCACGUACUAUGUACGGUGUGAAGGUUCACGAGCAAAUCCCUUCUCCCAGCGCCUCCAGGCAGGGCAAAGGGCAGUUCAGGCAAUGGGUGCAGGCCUGUCACUUGUUGGCCGCAUUGCCCGCGAACUGUACGAUGCUGGCAAGCUGCACCCUCUUGACAUGCUGAUCACAGAGCGUGCUCACGUUGAAGGCCUCGUCACUGGCCUCACGGCUAUGGUGGACUGCCGCCGACUCCACCAGCAGUACGUCUCUGCUGCCAACAGCUUGUGCGACUUGGGACUGUAUGGAUUAACAUUCAUGCUGGUGGCUAGCAUUUCUGCAGGAUUUUUCUUCACAGUAUUGGUGUGGGUUGAUUCUCAUACAUGGAUAUACAUUAGAAAAAGGCGAGACUACCUCCAGGUGGAUGAACAAGACCCGUUCCUGCCGCCGUCUGCCGCUUCGCAGGCCAUCGCUGCAAGGACUCUGAGGAGCCAAGGGUCGUAUGGCAGCACAGGCUACUUCCGGCCGCGAAACUCCCCCCACCACUACUACUCCCCACAUGUCCUAGAUGGCCGGAGUUCCCGCGAGGAAAAGUCCCAGCACGGUUCCCAUCAUGAGCCAGCAGGCGGCGGAGGGCACGAGCACGGGUCCGGAGCCUCUGCAAUGCUUGGACCAAACCAUGGGCAGUACGCGACUCUGAGCAAGCAGUGCAAGACGCUUGAGUCCUCUGACUUCUACUGAGAGGCAGCCCACGCCCCCUACCAGGUGACUGAGCUGUGAUGCUGCGUGCGGCGGUCGGCUGUCGGCAACUGGCUCUUCUAUGUCAGGGGGUGGUGGGCUCGUAGGAGGUAACCUCAGUCACUGGAGAAACGAUGCAGGUUACAAGGUUCAGAAGAAUACUUUGGGAUUGAUCAAUCGAGUGAAUGGAUAAUAGUGACAACUCCUACCUGUGAAUGAGUGGUAAAUGAGGAUUUCCAAGGAAGUGUGUGUAACCGUUGAUUGUGAAAUGGCAUAGAAGAACCAAAUACCUUCACAAGAGUUAUGUGUAAAAAAGAAAAAGUGAUUUAUGAAAACACCAUUAUCUCUGUAAAAUAUGAAGAGAUCAUUGAGUUCAACAUUUAGAACAGUGGUAUGAUAUCGUAUAUAAGCUUCAGAGGACUUUCAAUAAAAAAUUCUGGUUUUUGAGAGAAUGAAUAAUAAAUAGUAUUUAUGUACGAAGAGUAAUAACAAAAUGUCAUACGUGGGAUUACUUUUUGAAUGCUGGUUGGCUGUACUGGACAACUGUGAGAUGAAUGUUACUGUCGAGUAAACUUAGAUACGUGUUUGUAUUCAAUUCCACAAUAUUAAGCGUUACAAAAAUUACAAGUAUUGGAGACUGUAUAGGAAAUGAUAUGUCAAAUAUUUAUAGCUGUGGGAUCAUUUGUGACAUUAAAAAAAUUUGUAUUGA